GAAGCAGCCAUAUUUGUUGUUGUGUGAUUUCUGUGACUGUGAAAAGUAGCAUAUCAGUGGUGGCGUGGAGAUACAGGAAGACACUGGAUUGUACCGGAUUUUCGCACAUUUUUACGCGAACUGCAAGCAGUGGUCUGAUGCUGCACGCUGCAGGGAUGGUACCAAGCAUGCACCUGACUUAAACGUUGAAACACCUGUCCAGUUACUGGACACCAACUCCAGAUCCAGGCCAGAGCAUUGGCUAGACCGCCAUCAUGGCUUCAGGAUCUGAAGACAUGCUCACACCUGAUGAGGACACACCGGUGGAGGUGCCUGAAACGACUGAUGUGAAAGGUGAUGGCAAAAAACGAAAAUUCAAACCAUUGGAAGCAAUGAGGAAAUUGUUCAAGGGCGGGCGGAAACGCAGCAAGUCAAAAGACGACCAACAAGGAACCAUUGUCACACAGAAGGCAAAGUCAACGCCGGCCUUGCAAACAGCGAACGAGGAUGAGGAUGAUGAUGAUGGAGGAUUUAAGAACCGAGCCACGAGACCGCUGGGUGGUGCGCGGAGUAUAUCGGAGGACAGUGUGUUUUCACCGGAGCAGCGUGACCCGAGUCUAGGACCGCUCAACAAGAUUGCUGUGUCUGAGGAGAACCUCGCCAGACCUGCCUUUCAUAAUGAACUGUUCAGCAAGUUGAAGAAGCGUCAGUCCCAGUAUUCUGAGGACGAUGGCGGUGCAGAAGAUGGAUUUGGACAACUUAAGACUCAAGCAUCAAGCAGUAGGGAGAGUGACAAGAGUUUAAUCAGCAUGGACAGUUCGGAUAAUGAAGAGGAGGAUAUUUUUAUGAGCAACUGGCCUGCUGCACAGAAACCAAAGAGGGUGGGCAAAAGCUCUGGCUCAAGUCAGCCCAUGGACUUUGAAUCUGUGAAGAGUUCACAGCACUUGACCUCUGAUGCUGCCAAACACAAGUUGUCUGUGAGACCCAACAAACGAAAGGCCUCCAGACAGUCCCGCAUACAUCGAGAUGUCAAAGCAACACAUGGUCUUCCAAGCUUACACGAAGAGUCUCCAGUCAAAACAGAGGAGCAGAGUUCAUACAGUAUUACAUCAACUGAUGUGUCACAGUCUGACAUGUCUAACAGUUAUUCUGAGGUGCUACAAGUUUCACAUUCUGAUACUUCCGACAAGACAAACAUUUCCAUAGUGCUAUUACCACAAACGCCCAACACGGAGCCUCUCAAACCCUCUAGAGAUGAGCCCACGUCACCCGGUGCUGUUAGCACCAGUGGUGAGACCAAGAAAGAACAGACUGCGUUUGGCAGUUCACACAUAUCGUCUGUCAAAGUGGAAGAAAAAUCCUCACCUAAAGUAUUGCGGUCUCAUUCGGGACGACCACGUGAAGGUUCUGAUGUCCAGGGUGUGGUGCCCUCGAGCGACCAGCAGAACGAACUCUCUCAGGCAUUUAACAAGGUGAAACGCAGGUCAGUUAAGUUGACACAGGAUGAGGAGAGGGAUGCUCUUCCUUCAAAGGAGGCAGCUGGUGCUUCAAUGCCAAGCCAUGUGUCUGGACCGGCAGUGAGUGUUUCAGGCAAGUCUGGAGAUAAAGUCGAGGUGAAGUCUUCUUCCAAGCCACAGCAGAGUUCAGUGUCUGUCUGUUCUACCCAGUCUUCACAGUCUGAGCCAAAGGACUCGAACAUUACUGUUAUUUCUACUUCAGUGGAUCAUAAACAACCUGUAGUCAAGAAAGUGUCCAGUGAGUCCAGGAAAGAGGAGGAUAAUAAAUCGGAAACCAGUUCUGUUAAGUCAAACACUAGUUUCAAACGGGAGGGUUUGAAGGCAACAGAUACAUCAGAUGUGGUUUCACCUGCUCGUGAAGAUUAUAAACUGCGACGCCAGUCUCGCAGUAAGACAUUACCCGAGCAACCAGUGGCUAAAGACGAACAGUAUGCUUCUAAAAUACAAAGAACAAAUUCCCACAGAGUGGACUUUGGAAGCGGUUCCCCUUCUGCUUCACCUAAGAAGAAUGAUGUAAUGACAUCAUCAGCCAUUAUGACAUCGGACCUGACGGCAAAGAAAAGUGAUCCAAAGAGAUGGACAUGGACAGAGCCGGUAAACACUGAACCAGAAUGGAUGGCUGCCUUACGCAAAAAAAAGGCAGUUGGUAACGACAGUGAGAGUAAUGCUGGUACAAAGACACAGCAGAGUGAAGCUAAACCCAAGGAGGUGUUCACUGUGGAUGUUGGUAAAGACAAAAAGAAGGUGGAAUCUGUGGGUCAGACUGUGGGCAGUACAAAGACAAAAGCAACAGUUAAUUCACAAGUAGAGGUGGCACCACUGAGUAAAACUGGUGUGGGUUACAUCCCAGGCAGAGGUGGUAGUGUGAAAGUGGAUUCUGCAACAAGGCCUGAUAGUGUAAAGUCAUUCACUUCCAGAGCAAGCAGUGUCAAAGUUCCAAGUUCUAAGUCUGAUACAGUAAGUGCAAAGAUAUCUCCAACUGAAGAAACCACAAAAUCUUUCCCUAGAGUUGAGCCUGCUAAAACAUCUAGAGUUGAGCCCGCUAAAAUGUCUAGAGUUGAACCUGUUAAAUCCACAAGAGUUGAAGCCACUAAAUCAUUUAGAGUUGAACCCAAUCAAACAUCUAAAGCUGAGCCCACUAAAAGUUCAAGGAUUGAACCCACAAAGCCAUCUUCCACUGUUCUUCCUGAUUCUGCAAAACCACUGUACUCUCUGGCAGACUCUCGGAAGUCAUUCUCGAAAACAGACAGUCCUAAAACAUCUCCAAGCAUAGUUACAUCAUCCACUCCAUCAGAACCAAAGAAAACAUUCUCCAGGGUGGACAGCACUAAAGCAUCAUCACCGUCGCAUGGAUCCAACUUACCCAAAGUUUCAGAGUCUGAAGUGAAUAAGAAACCCGACUCGAAACCAGCAAUGUCAUUCAAUUCCCGGGGAUCUGUGCAAUCGAAGGACUCGGUUGCCAAACCUAGUGCUACCUCAUGGAAGACGAACACCCAGAAGAAAGAGAACGUCAAGGAGAAUCCUCUGGCCCCGGUGAAAAUUGAAAUCAUAGAGAAAGACCAACCAAAGGUGGAGGUUCCACUCAAAAAGAAAAUUUCUCCUUUGACAUCUGAAACUCCUGAAAAGUUUUCCUCACAUCGGUCUUCCAAGGUUCUCGACAUGGUGAAGAAUUUUCAGAAAAUGCAGACGGCUGAGCCAGUGGUUCAGUGACAGCUGAAAUGGAAAAGUCUUUUAAGUGAUAACUGUGAACAAGCAUAUUGGUGACAACAAAACACUGAGCAAGUGUUUUAAUGACAACUGAACAAGUGUUUCUUUGACAACUGAACAAGUGUUUCAGUGACAACUAAACAAAGCGUUUCAGUGACAACUGAAAAAGUGUUACAGUCACUGUGACUACAAUAUUGUGAUUUACAGAUUUUUACUAAAAACAUAGUUUCAAGAAGUUUAAUGGUGCAUUGUAUAUCAGAGCCAGAAAAUUCCAAAGCACUGGAUGGUGGUUAUCAAACGAUGUCUUGUUUUAUACUUAGCCAACUGCUUGGAGUCUAAUUACAAACUUAGUUCACUAGUUUAGGUACAAAAUCGGAAGAAGAAUGGUUUUCUUUUUUCCGUGCUGGACCAUGAAGAAAAAUAAGGCCAUUAGUAGUAACCGUUAGACCAUAAAUGGUAAAACCAAGUUGCUAGCUUCAAGUUAGUGCAUUGACAUGUAAAAUAUAAUAUUCACUAGGGUGGACCUAGAAAAUAUUUUACGGAGGGGACCAAGGGCAAAAGAACACAUGAACCAACUCACUGAAAAGGGCAUUUCAAUGAAAAUUGUAAACAAAUUGUUCCAAAAAAAGGAAAACUUUAAUUAUCUCCUCGCAGUGAAUUUUCAUGAAACUUCAUAACACCUUGAAAGAGUUCAUGUUUUACAUCUGCAUCGAUGGUCAAAGUUAUUAUUGCUAAAAAUAGAAAUAUGCCAUCAUUGCUUUAGCAACUUAAGUUCUUAUCUGAUUAUUUGUGAAACUUCAUAUAUGUAGGAAAAGGAUAAUGAUGUUUAAUUUUUUUAGGGGAGAAGACACAUUCUGAGAAACCAGUUAGUGUAGUGGUUAAGGCUGGUCAGUACUUGGUUCACACCCCAGUACUGGUUUCAUCCAGAGUGAGUUUUAACAACUUGCUGCGUAGGUGUAAGAACACUAUACAGACUAACCACUAAUUACUAAUCCACUGUCUGGAACAAACGGCUCAGCAUGCUUGAACUUUAAUUGGACAUAAGCUCGGAAAUAUGUUCAAACAAAUAAACCAACCAGGUGUAAAACAAAAAUGGCAUGUAGAAAAGAGGUUUUAAAAUUGUUUUAUCUUAUCCUUUUUUUUAAUACCUAAUGGCCAUAUUUCACAGUGGGAUGCUUUGCAUAAUUGUAUAUUUUGAUAUAUAUUAUUAUGUAAAAAAAAUUAAAGUUACUUGUUGUUUUUGUACACCACUGGCACUGUAACAGGUUACAGAGUUUGUAAAUAUGUCAUUCCAUUUAAUAUUUAGAGCAGUCUUUAACAUUCAACAGUGUAUUUUGUGAUUUUUCUGCUGAUAUUAAAGCUUGAGGGAACAAAGGGAGGUAACAAUAAAAAAAUAAGGCAUUUGGCAAUAAAAUUUCAGAUUCUUUGUUUUGCUUUAUUUACACUGUUUUAGUUUGUUCUUUAAGUUAGUAAGCAUCUGUCUCAGAUUUAUAGUGUUUUCACCUGUUGAUUUGUUUUUCUUCUUCUCGUUUUGUUUCUGUACUUUGUAGAUCAAUGUACCUUGUACUAUUAUAAUUGUUAUGAGAUGCCCCAAUAGCUCCAAGGAUGAAACUGUGUACUUUAACAACUAAAAUUGAUCACUUUUAUAUAUAUUGCUUUUGAUUUAAAACAGAUUACAAUUUAAAUGGUUAUUUUCCCUUUCUAGAAUACCGUAUUAUAACUUCUAAAUAGAAUUCCUUUUGAUGUAUUUCAGUUAACGGUAAAUUGAAGUAAGCAACCUGCCCACCCCUCCCAACCCAAUGUAUUCUGCUCAAUGGUAAUGGAAUGAAAAUAUAAAUAUUUUUUAUCAGUGAGUUUUUAUUUUUUUAAAAACAUAGCUCACAUUGUGAACACUACAUAUACAUAGUUUGUUUCAUUAGUUGUCAAAAAUGCUAAUGACAUUUAUAUGAUCACCUUUGUAUGGUGUUGUAUUUUCACUGCUAUUAACAAUAUUCACUCUUAUAGUAUAUUUUAUAGUGGGACAAUGCUCAAAAAAGCUGUGAUCCAAGUUUUUUUUCGGAGCCUUUUUGAAAAAGAAACGAGCCAUUUGAAACCACUCGAAUUUAAUUAACAUUAUUUUGUCAUUAAUUAUUAAAAGUAUGAUUGAACUUUACAGGGAUAUUAUAAUGGCAUAUAGCAAACAAUUACCUAUUCAAUUAUGAUAAUUGGGCAUUUAAAUUUGGGCAUAAAAAUGGCUUAUUACCAUUUUUUAAUUUUUCUUAUUCUGUCUUUAUACAUGUAGUUCUGAAAAUAUAUGGCCUAAUUAAAAUAAUAUAUUUAAAUUUUAAUGUUUUAAUUUUCUGUAUUAUACAUAUACCUAUAUAGUAGGUUCUUUUUACAUCAUUAAUGACCUAUGUAUUCAGUGCCCUUCGUUUCACAUUAAAAAUUCUAUUUUGUAUGAACCACAUAUAUUUUUCAUGCAGUCACUUUUACUUUUGAAUAAUGUAGCCUAGUGUAUAUAAAUGUGUAUAUACCAUCAUGUAUUAUAUGUAAAUAUUAUACAUAGAUGUAAAGACAGGUAUAUAUAUGUAUAUGAUAUAUUGUUUUAUAACGUACAUGUACGCUAAUUUCAUGGGUUUGAAAAAACAUAGUUGAAAAAUUCUUUUCAAUCACAGGGUUGUCUAUUACAAUUAAUACAUUGUAUUUAGAUAGUUGCUUAACUGCACAUCAUUUUAAAUUCACUAGAUGAACUCCUUCCAUUAUAAAUCUAUCGGUGUCUGAAUUAAAUAUUUACUCAUAGUCUGCACCAUUUAUGCAAGCAAAGGCUUUAAUUCCAUCUCAUCGUCAGACAAUAUAUCAUUUCAUUUGGUGAACUUACAUCACAAAUACAUCAGUUCAUGAGAUGAUCUGGCAUCAGCCAAUGUAUAUUUUCUCUGGGUGUCUGAAAAACUGUAUAAACUCAUUUUAAACAUCUAAUGCAAUUUUAUUAUCGAUCAUCAGUUUGCAGAAAUAUUGAUCAAGGAUUGAUUAGUAAUUGAUUACAGGUACGUCAUGCUUUUGGAAACUUAAGUCUGUUUGCUGCAUGUGCAAACACAUUGGAGUUGUCAGGUUUUUUUUUUUGGGGGGGGGGGGGGUUGUUAAAGAAAAAUUGAGUGUACUAUCACUUGAGGUCACAGUAACACACUUGUGCCAGAAAUGAUGAUUUUACUGCUUACAGUGAUUUAUUAAUAUCGGGUAUGUGCAUAAUCCACUACAUGUAAUAGAAUCUUAAACAGACUUCAGUUUACAACAAACAUGAGUCAGUAAUGUACUAAUGUUCCUUUAACAAAACAAUAUUCUUAAGCAAACAAUAAAUAGAGGAUAAUAAACAAGUUACCAGUUAUUAUCAAAUUUAUGUCCCGAGUGAAAUAAUUUUCAGUUGUCACGAGCUUUAUUAUUUCACGAGG